AUGUCCUCACAAGCAACUCCCGCGCGCCCGGCGCCCGAUCGUCGUAGUUCGACUGCCCCAAAACGCACAUCCAUGCUCCCGAAGCCGUCAUCGGUCGCUCUCCACCAAACCGCGCUCAUCGCACAGCAUGCCCAGCUCACAGGCACACAUGCAAUCACCAUAGGCUCCAACACUGUGCUCCACCCUCACAGCAAGCUCAGUAGUACUUUCGCGCCUGUGAUACUUGGCGACGGCGUGAUCGUGUACGAGCGAGCAAAAGUUGGGAUGGGCAUGGAGACAGUGCAGGAUGUCGAGAGCAAGCGCAGCAGCAUGGCAUCAAUGCGGGGUCCGAUCUCGGUACGGCUUGGACACAAUGUCGUGGUGGAGAGUAAUGCCGUGGUGGAAGCGGCUGAAGUGGGCGAAGGGAGUGUGGUGGAGGUUGGUGCUGUGCUGGGGAGGGGGUGUGUUGUUGGCAAGUACUGCACCAUUGCUGCCUCCUCGGUUGUGCCGCCUUAUACACAGCUUCCCGACUAUACCAUCGUACAUAGCGGUACCGAGCAGCGCGUCGAUAAGACUGUUCAGCUGCGACCGGACAUCUUGGAGGCGAGGAUGGCGGUUCACAGAAAGCAGCUCGAUAUGUUUAGGAGGCUUAUACCCAACAAUGCUGCGAAAUGGGCGCUGGGUUGA